AUGUGGUUCCUCGCUGACUCCGCCCACUCCACGUUCACUGGCCCUUACUACAAACAUAGAGCGCACGGAUAUGGCUAUGGCGGUGGAUAUGGGAAAGGCCAUGGCGGUGGAUAUGGGAAAGGCCAUGGGGGUGGAUAUGGGAAAGGCCAUGGGGAUGGAUAUGGGAAAGGCCAUGGAGGUGGAUAUGGCCAUAGUGGAGGGUACGGAAAGGGCCACGGAGGAGGAGGAUAUGGCCAUAGUGGUGGAUAUGGGAAAGGCCACGGUGGAGGAGGUGGAUAUGGCCACAGUGGAGGGUACGGAAAGGGCCAUGGGGGUGGAUAUGGCCACAGUGGAGGAUACGGGAAAGGCCACGGUGGAGGUGGAUAUGGCCACAGUGGAGGGUACGGAAAGGGCCAUGGGGGUGGAUAUGGCCACAGUGGAGGAUACGGGAAAGGCCACGGUGGAGGAGGAUAUGGCCAUAGUGGAGGAUAUGGGAAAGGCCACGGAGGUGGAUAUGGCCAUAGUGGAGGUUACGGCAAAGGAGGUAGCCAUAAAGGUGGCUAUGGACAUGAUGACGGAUAUGGGUAUGGCCAUGAUGAUGGUUAUGGCCAUGAUGAUGGAUACGGAUAUGGUCACGAUGACGGCUAUGGCCAUGACGACGGGUAUGGAUAUGGUCAUGAUGACGGAUAUGGCCACGAUGACGGAUAUGGCCAUGAUGACGGAUACGGAUAUGGUCAUGAUGAUGGCUAUGGCCAUGACGAUGGGUAUGGUCACGACGAUGGUUAUGGCCACGAUGACGGAUAUGGCCACGAUGACGGAUAUGGCCACGAUGACGGGUAUGGCCACGAUGACGGGUAUGGCCAUGAUAGCGGCUACGGCUACAAAGGUGGAUACGGACGUGACGACGAAUUCGACCUUGCCAGUGACUUCGACUCAAUCAUUUCUAUCUGA